AAUUUAUAACUGACAUUUUGACACAACCUAACUUCUGAUUUUCCAACGAAGUACGAAGAGAAGACUGAGAAGAGGCAGUCGCCGGCAAAAACGCACAUGGAGAGGUGUUGUAGUGAUUGGAAUUUAAGUUUAAACGAAAGAUAAACACUGUUCUUAUUGCUAUAAAGGUGUAAAAUAUCUAUAGUAUACGAAUUUUGUUGAAGAUGAUUAUUCCCGUUCGUUGUUUUACGUGUGGAAAAGUCAUAGGAAAUAAAUGGGAAGCUUACUUGGGUCUCCUGCAAGCUGAAUAUACAGAAGGUGACGCAUUAGAUGCCCUGGGAUUAAAACGCUACUGCUGCAGACGAAUGCUUCUUGGUCAUGUGGAUCUUAUUGAAAAGUUGUUGAAUUAUGCCCCUUUAGAGAAGUAAUUGUGUUAAAUAGAACAUUAACCUUAUCUAUUAAUUACGUGAUAUAGUAUUGUGAAGGUAUUUAAUAUGCACACAUUUACUAUGUUAUAAAUUUUGUUGAUUUAUUUUAAA